CGCUGGCGCCGGAGCGUCCACUCUCGCAGGACCUGCGUUCUGGCGGCACCGGCGGGACUGGAACGCGGGUCGGCCCGGUCUUCCUCACUCCGCGGGGCUGCGAGGGAGGUUCGGAGCCGCGAGCCCUCGCCGCGGGACGGCAGCUGCCCCGGACCUGUGCGCGCCCGGACUGUCCCCGCGUCCGCCCCUGGCCAUGGGUGACCACCUGAUGCUGGCCGAGUCGGGCUACCGCCUGGUCCCGAGGCCCCCGCCCGCCGCCGCGCCGGCCCACGGCGCUCACGUGCUCCGGACUCUGCCGCCUUACGCGGGCCCCGGCCUGGACGGCGGGCUGCGGCCGCGGGGGGUCCCGCUGGGCCCGCCGCCCCCCGUGCCCGGCGCGCUGGCCUACGCGGCGCUGGGGCCGCCCCCCGCCUUCCACCCGCCCUUCGCCGCCGGCCUUCCCCCCGCCGCGGCCGGCGCGCACCUGCAGCCCGCGGCCGCGCCCCCCGGCGCCCCGGGAGUGGCCGCGGGCCCCGCGCCCGGCAGCCCGGCCCAGCUGCCCCCGCCGCCGCCGCCGCUGCCCGCGCACGCCCUGGCGGGCGUGGACGCCGAGCUCAUCGACGAGGACGCGCUGACGUCGCUCGAGCUGGAGCUGGGGCUGCACCGCGUGCGGGAGCUGCCCGAGCUCUUCCUGGGCCAGAGCGAGUUCGACUGCUUCUCGGACCUGGGCUUGGCGCCGCCGCCCGCCGCCGGCCCGGUCAGCUGCUGAGCGGCCGCCCCGCGCCUGCCCGCCGGGCCGGACCUCCCCGCC